AGACGCCGCAGAGACGCAGACAGACGCCAGACUGUCCCUUUGAGAUGAAGCUGAAUGUGUUGCUGUGGCUCGCGGCUCUGCUCGGUGCCUUCCUCCCCCGCUCCGCUGACAGCCGACCAGCUGAUGCACCCGCCGACCGCAGCCUCCUCCCCCGACCGCUACUCCUCCGCCUGGGGGAGGAGUUCUCCCUCCGGAUGGGUGGAGGUGCUGCUCCAGAGCUCCUCUCUUCCUCUUCCACAGCGGUCAACCGGGCUCUGCUGCAGCUCACACAGCGCCUCCUGGAGGCCCGGGCAGAGCAGCAGGAGGAGGAGGAGGCCGGGGAGAAGGCAAAGAGGUCUGAAGAGCCUCCUAUCUCUCUGGAUCUGACGUUCCACCUGCUCAGGGAGGUUCUGGAGAUGGCCCGGGCCGAGCAGAUCGCCCAGCAGGCCGACAGCAACCGCAGGAUCAUGGACACCUUUGGAAAGUGAAGAAGAAAAAAAACUUUAUACUUCCUGUUUGAUUCGUCCUCAAACUGCUCCAAACAAUCUGCCCUCUGAGCGCCACGCUUCAGCUGCUUCAGACACCUGAUGCUUUAUUACCG